AUGUCUUCGGAAGUAGCUGUUGCCGUGGCUCGUCCCCCCUUUGAGCCUGGUGCGAAUCCUUCUGCCCCCAUGGCGGCUUUGAUGCAGUCGAAUAACGAGCCUGUCGCCGUCUCCAACCCACUGUCGGGAGCACCGUCCAUCUCUAGCGAACAUUUCGCCUUCCUCAAAUCACAAUCCAAGCCCGAGAGUCUGAGUUCUAUUGCCAGCGCCGGUCUCCACGUCUCGCCAUCUCGCGAUCAAUUACCACGGAUGACGAGUCCCGCGCCAGGGCCGGCGGAUCGGUCGGCAGAGCACGACAAGGAGGCGGAACGAAACAGCUCACAUGUCGCUCGUGAGGCUUUGGGUGCAAGCGAGAAGUCCCCCGAUGCUUCGAUGCAUAAUGCGGUACAUGCAUCCCCGGAGCAGAUGCAAAUCGAUUCGCACGCGAAUGAACCAUCAUCAGAUCCCUACGGGUCGAACGACCACCCCAACACCCUAUUGAACACCACCGUUGCGAGUCCAGGCCCCAUCGAGGAAUCGACCUCCCAGGAUGGCGACCAGCAUCGCCCGCGAGCGGGGUCAGAAAUCGAUUCGGACAGUCACAAAGCUUUCUCGUAUCCCCCGCUCAUUGGCGCCAUCAAUGACCCGCGUCGCGGACUGAGCCUGCCCAGCUCGGGAUACAACCGGGGCAGCCCGCGAUCCCCAUCCGCCAAAAAGCAUCGCUGCCCAUACUGCGCCACGGAAUUUACCCGCCAACAUAACCUUAAAAGCCAUCUUCUGACACACAGUCAGGAGAAGCCCUUUGUAUGUCAGACUUGCCAGUCUCGCUUCCGGCGACUGCACGACUUGAAGCGACAUACGAAACUCCACACCGGCGAACGACCGCAUAUCUGCCCCAAAUGUGGAAGGCGCUUUGCGCGUGGCGAUGCGCUUGCCCGGCAUAAUAAGGGCCAGGGUGGUUGCGCAGGCCGGCGAGCGAGCAUGGGGAGCUUCGCGCCAGAUGAUGAAUAUCCAGACGGAUCCACGGGUGGCCCGGACGACACAAUGGAUGGAAUAGUAUGCGCGGAGCCGGAGCGGAUGGACGAGGAAGAUGAGCGACGAUUCAACGCGCCCAGCAUUCGGAAGCACGAUGCAGACCUCCUUCAUCCAUCUGAUUCACUCCACGUUCGUCAGUCUAACACCUACCCGCCGCUCUCGGUCAACCGUCCCAACCAUAGUAGUCUUUAUCCGCCUCCGGCCAAUCAUGCUGGUUCGGGCACGUCAACCUCUACACAUCCCGGAAGUCUGACCUACCCGCCUACUGGAUUCCCGUCGAGCUCGUCUCUCUUCUCCAACGCCGUCAGCGACAGCCCUAAACCGCUGUCUCCCAAUGCUCUGUCGUCGCAACAUAACUCACAGCCACCCCGCGCUCACUCCCCUGGCAUGAGCCAGUCAUUACCACAACCGCCCUUUGGGCGAACUGGGCAAUCUUCCGCGCCAAACCAUGCCGCGCCAAGUCUAGGUUUACCACCGCCACAGCCCGGGGCACCCCAGCUGCCUCCACCACCGGGUUUGAGCUCGCCUGAUUCUCGAUUUGGCCUGCAGGCGGCCAAACAUACUCCGUCGCAUAGCCACUCAAGCUCUCACAGCUUACCUGCACCCAAGACGGGCGCCGAGGCUCCUGACGCCAAUGGCGCGAAUGCCAGCCAGGUUGACAAGCUCUGGGUAUACGCUCGGUCCAUGCAUGAGGAGUUGACAGGGCUGCGCGCCGAAGUGGCAGCCUUGCGGGCGCAGAUCGCAUCCAACAACAACUCGGGGGCCCCGGCGCCGGUGGAAGUGAAUUCGGCCAAUACCGGACCGCGGUAG